AUGGAUACACCCGCAGUGCCUCUACCGCAGGAUGCCCGGGAACAGGCCGUCCUAGACAGUCUCGUCGUCAUCCGCGACAAGCUCUUGCUCUUGAAGCAGGACCGGACAACGUAUAUCCGGAGCCAAGACAUUAUCCCCCUCUACGAUGAGACCAUCUCAAGGGUCAAGGAGCUGGACGAAAUCCGUACCGAGACGGGGAACAAGGAGGAGAACCGACUCGACAAAGUCUUGGAAAGCUGCUUCCAGCUUCUAUCUCUCUUCUACCUCACCAUCGGACGCAACAAUGAUAUCCCCGCCAGCUACGCGCUGACUUCAACAAUCAAGCGGCUGCUCGACCACUUGACCGAGGCUGACCUCUACUCCGCCAAGGACCUCGAGAGCAUCAAAUCCACCCUGUCGAACCUUUCCAACAGCAUAACACAAGCCAAAAGCAAGCCCGAGAACUCUCCAUACCUCCUCAAGCUGCUGUCGAACCAGGUGGGGAAAUGCCUGGCGAUGUUGGAGAACCUCCAGAAGCGGUUAGGUCGCAUUGGCGAGCCUCUGCUUGCUACGCAUGAGAAGUUGAUUUCCAUUCUACGAUCCAUUUCUUUGGCAAACACAAAAGCAAAGUUUUCAAGUACCGAGGUCCAAAAACUUCAGAAGCAGCUUCUAGAUAUCGGAGAGAAGCGCAAAGAUGGCCAAUUCGUUAAUGAGGAUGGGUCUGUGCCACAAGGCUCUGUUGAGAUUGGCGAGCUCUACCAACGAGUCCUCAAGUGGUCGGAGAUUGUAUUGGAGAGGAAGGGAAUCAUGCCAGAGCAGUUUCGCCCGAUGUACCACACCCUUGUUGGCAUCCGCAACGAGUUGGAGAAGCUAUCCUUGACACAGGCCUGGGCUCUUCGCGAGACGGACCUGUAUGACUUCCAACGCCAACUCGACAAGAUUGAUGAAAGCCGGCAGAACGGAAACUUUUACGACGACAAGGGCAGACCUGCUGACCUGUAUACGCAACGGACGAUGUUGUAUCUGAUUCGACGAAGCUACGCCUACAUUUACUCCUUCAUACUAGCCUCGGAGCCAGUUUCUGAGGCUCUCCUGCCCAUCUAUAACCAGCUGCAAACUCUCAAGAGGUGUCUCGUCGAGGUACGGAACAGUGGUGGCGUAUCAUCUGCCAGAGAGCUGUAUCCUUACAGCAUGAAGCUAAACUCGCUUGAUAACCUGAGGGUGGAUGGCAAAUUCGUUGUCAAUGGCGACAUUCCUGAAGGUCAAGGCAGCGUUAGUGAGCUCCUUGCUGAAUGCUUCGAUCUCAGCUAUGAUUUGAGAGUCGCAGCAGAGGAGAGCACCACAACCGAUACCGAUGGCAAGUGA